CAGACACAUCUCCUCUCCUCUUAGACAUCAUGGCACAAACUCCACAAGACCUCAAAAUUGCCAUUCUGGGCGCAGGCAUGGGUGGCUUGACCUGCGCCUUGGCUCUGGCCAAGGAAGGAUUCAAGCACAUUGACGUCUAUGAAAACGCACAUGAUCUGGGCUUCGUCGGAGCUGGUAUCCAGCUGGCCCCUAACAUGGCCCGGGUGCUGGACCAGCUGGGCGUGUGGAAGCAGAUUGAGGCAGAGGCCGUCAACAUUACCGAGACUAGCGUGAGAGUGGGUGCUUCGGAUACGGAACUCGCCCACGUUCCGCUGGAAUAUAUCCACGAUACUUACGGGUAUCCCCACAUGGUUGGCCACCGGUCCUCGCUCGCCGGCGGGCUGUACCAAGGAUGCCUCCAGCACCCGGACCAGAUCCGCUUCCACUUUGCCACGACCGCCGAUAAGGUUGUUUUCGGCACCAAGCCCUCCUUCACUGCUAUUCCCCGCGACACCACUCAGCAGCCCUACCGUGUUGAGGCUGACAUCCUCCUCGGUUGUGAUGGCAUCAAGUCCCAGACCCGCGUGGCCAUGCUCGAGCUGCUCGGGAUUGAGGCCCACGUGAAGGACACUCACCAGGCCGCCUACCGGAUCAUGAUCCACAAGGACCAGAUCAAGGACGACCCGGAGCUCCUGGCUCUCAUGAACAGCAACACUGUCACUCGUUGGAUCGGUGAGAAACGUCACAUCAUCGCCUACCCCGUCUCCAACAACACCAUCUACAACCUUUCCACCACCCAGCCUGACAUCAACUUCGCUGCUGCCACUAAUGCCACCUACACUACCCGCGGUGACAAGUCCGUCAUGCUGGGUGUUUUCGCCGAUUUCUGCCCCAUGGUUCAGCGCAUGCUGAGCUACGUCCCGGAGGGUGAAGUCUGCGAGUGGAAGCUCCGUGUCCACGAACCUAUCCCUACCUGGGUGCACGAGUCCGUCGCCCUUGUCGGCGAUGCCUGCCAUCCCACUCUCCCCCAUCUGGCCCAGGGUGCCGCCCAGGCCAUUGAAGACGGUGGCGUCAUCGGUGCCGUCCUCUCUAAGCUUCCGGAUACCUCACCCGCCUCUAUCAAUAAGGCGCUGAAGGUGUACGAGAAGGUCCGCAAGGACCGCGCCUACGCGCUCGUGGAGCUGGCUGCUGCGUCGGGUCGCGCCCUGCACCUGGGUGACGGUGCUGCCAAGGAGGAGCGUGAUCGCCAGUUCGCUGCUCUGCGUCAAGGCAAGGGUCCUGUGCCCGACAAGUGGGCGGAUGCGGACGUCCAGCGGGAGAUCUAUGGGGUGGAUACGACCCAGAUUGCCCGGGAGCGGUUUGAUGAGCUGUUUGCCGCGUAAGCUUUGGCCUUGACCUCCUGCUUUGCAUGCACGAGUGCGAUGUAUUUUGUAUAUAGAGCUGAUGGAUAGAAGGUCGGGUCGUACUGCGAAGCUGGCUUGAGGGGAUGAG